AUCAAUCGACAAAGGCAUACAUGAUUCAUAACCACAACCGCGCCCGGUUAAGUCCCACCGUGUGUCCGUCUUUAUAUAAAACGACUCGGGAUAUUUUCAAUUUAGUUUUUAUUCAAUAUUCGAGGAAGGUAUGAAAUUCUAACAAUGUUUCACUUAGAAGGGAUUAUGUUUAUGGCUGUGCUCUGUGCGGUGAACGCCUCGGUUAUUGUUAAUAUUUAUGAUGACGACUUGGAAUCAAAGACGGCAAAAAAAUUAGAAUAUUGUAACGUCAACGACUGCGACCAGCUGUGUCGGCGUAUAGGGUUCCAUGGAGGUGUGUGUGUCGGUGAUCAUUGCAAGUGUGAUAUUAAUCAAAACAACGAAGUGGAAGAGAGCAAAGUAAAUCAAAAUAUUCACGGUUGCAACAAUCAGGCGUGUAAUCAACUUUGUCUUAGAUUGGGUUUCACGGGCGGUGAGUGUGUUGGUGACCGCUGCAGGUGUGAUAAUUUCCUCCGAGCUGAAGAAUUAGAAGGAAGUAAGUUACGUCAAAAUGUACUUGGCUGCAACAAUAGGGCCUGUGACCAACUCUGCCGUAGAUUGGGUUUCACAGGUGGUGUAUGCGUUGGUGACCGUUGCAGUUGUGACAAUUUCCUUCAAGUUGAAGAAUUAGAAGACAAAUUACAUCAAAAUUUACUUGGCUGCAACAAUAAGGUCUGUGACCAACGCUGCCGUAGAAUGGGUUAUACAGGUGGUUCAUGCGUGGAUAACCGCUGCAGUUGUUACAACUUCCUACAAGCUGAAGAAUUAGAAAACAAAUUACAUCAAAAUGUACUUGGCUGCAACAAUAGGGCCUGUGACCAACAUUGCCGUAGAAUGGGUUAUACAGGUGGUUCAUGCGAGGGCGACCGUUGCAGUUGUUACAAUUUCCUACAAGCUGAAGAAUUAGAAGACAAGUUACAUCAAAAUUUACUUGGCUGCAACAACAGGGCCUGUGACCAACGCUGCCGUAGAAUGGGUUAUACAGGUGGUUCAUGCGUGGAUAACCGCUGCAGUUGUUACAACUUCCUACAAGCUGAAGAAUUAGAAGACAAAUUACAUCAAAAUUUACUUGGCUGCAACAAUAGGGCCUGUUACCAACGCUGCCGUAGAAUGGGUUAUAGAGGUGGUUACUGCGUUGGUGACCGUUGCAGUUGUUACAAUUUCCUACAUGCUAAAGAAAAUUCUCGUCUUACAGAAUUAGAUGACAAAUUACAUCAAAAUGUACUUGGCUGUAACAGUAGGGACUGUGACCAACGUUGCUGUGGAAUGGGUUUCACGGGUGGUGUAUGCCUAGAUGACCGUUGCAGAUGUUACAAUUUUCUACAAGCUGAAGGUGACAUUAAAUCUACAUAUUCAGAUAAUCAAAUACCUUCUGUUGACGAAGCCGUGAUGGAGAUAAGCGAUAACUAUGCCAACAAUAAAGACGUGGAUAUUUGCAACACUGCCAUAUGUGAUAUUGCCUGCCGAAACCUAUGGUAUCCAGGAGGAAAUUGCUUCAACGGAAAAUGUAAAUGCUAUAAUCAAGUUAACUUCUGUGACCCAAUCGCCUGCAACAUUCAAUGUCAAGAUUACGUCGGCGGCAUGUGUAUAGACGAUCAUUGUUUCUGUUUUUAACAAAUAAAACCGUCAUUCUUUCAUUUUAUUAAUUAAAAUAGUAAUCACCGACAGAUAUAAAUAUUGUCAAGGAUUUAAACAAUGCACUCCUCUUCUUUCAAAUGUCCAAUUAAUGAUGAUAGAAAGGGAGAAAAUAGUGUCUAAGUAAUCACUUCUUGUUAUUUAUUUAAAAUUUUACGUCGUAAUUAUAAUAUAAAUAUUUUCAUAGCAUAUAGUGUAAGACACAUUGUAGAAAAGCAUUUUUGAAUAAAACAGUCUUGCAGUACCGAAUAGGUAAAUAAAUCAACGGUUUUAGAAAAGAAUUACUUUAUUUAUAAUGUAUGUUAUAUUUCUAUAAUGAUAAUAAAGUAUAUUUUAGAACGUU